GCGUGGAUGUCACAUGACCGCUCCGUCUGAGAACCAGGAAGUGGGAGGGCGGCGCUUCGCAGGGCUGGUGGACUGAUAAAUACAAGUUUCCACCAUGACAGCCAUCAAGCAUGCUCUCCAGAGGGACAUCUUCACACCCAAUGACGAGCGUCUUCUCGGCAUUGUUAAUGUCUGCAAAGCCGGGAAGAAAAAGAAGAACUGCUUCCUUUGUGCAACAGUCACCACAGAGAGGCCUGUCCAGGUGAAAGUGGUAAAAGUUAAGAAAUCUGACAAAGGGGACUUCUACAAGCGACAGCAGACCUGGGAGCUCCGAGACCUGACAGAAGUAGACGCCAAAGAUGCAAGCAAGGAAAAUCCUGAAUUCGACCUUCAUUUUGAGAAGGUUUACCGGUGGCUGGCCAGCAGUACGGCUGAAAAAAACUCCUUCAUUUCCUGCAUUUGGAAGCUGAACCAACGUUAUUUGAGGAAGAAGGUGGAGUUUGUGAAUGUCAGUUCUCAGCUGCUGGAAGAGUCAGUGCCAAGCGGUGAGAGCCAGAGUGUUGCCGGGGGCGACGAGGAUGCUCUGGACGAGUACCAGGAGCUCAGCACCCGCGAAGAACAGGACAUUGAGGGCAUGAUGGAGAUGUGCGAGUACGCUAUCUCCAAUGCUGAGGCUUUUGCAGAGAAGCUCUUCAAGGAGCUGCAGGUUCUGGAUGGGGCCAACAUUCAGUCCAUCAUGGCGUCAGAAAAGCAGGUCAACAUCCUGAUGCAGCUGCUGGAUGAGGCGCUGGCAGAGGUGGACACCAUCGAGGGAAAGCUGAGCAGCUAUGAGGAGAUGCUCCAGAGCGUCAAGGAGCAGAUGGACCAGAUCUCACAGAGCAACCGCCUCAUCCAGAUCAGCAACACCAACAACGGCAAACUGCUGGACGAGAUCCAGUUCUUAGUGAACUACAUGGACUUGUCAAAGGGUCACAUCAGGGCCUUGCAGGAGGGAGACCUGACCUCCCCUAAAGGUAUUGAGGCCUGCAUCAACGCCUCUGAAGCUCUUCUGCAGUGCAUGAACGUGGCCCUGCGACCAGGUCACGACAAGCUGAUGGCUGUGAAGCAGCAACAACUUCUCUUCGCUGAACUGAGAGACACCUUUGCUCGCCGCCUCACCAAUCACCUCAACAAUGUGUUUGUUCACCAGGGCCACGACCAGAGCUCCACCCUGUCGCAGCACACAGCUGAGCUGACCCUGCCCAAACACAGCCCCCUCCACAGGGACCUACUGCGCUACGCCAAGCUUAUGGAGUGGCUGAAGAAUACCCACAGGGAGAAGUACGAGGGUCUGUCCAGGACCUAUGUCGAUUAUAUGAGCAGACUAUAUGAGCGAGAAAUUAAAGACUUCUUUGAGGUUGCCAAGAUAAAGAUGGCGGGUACAUCCAAAGAAGCGAAGGGCAAGUUUGGCCUGCAUGGCAGCUCUGGGAAGCUGACAGGCUCUACUUCAAGCCUGAACAAGCUGACGGUACAGGGCUCCAACAGCCGGCGUUCCCAGUCGUCCUCACUGCUGGACAUGGGCAACAUGUCCGCUUCUGACCUGGACGUGGCUGACAGAACCAAGUUCGACAAGAUAUUUGAGCAGGUCCUCAGCGAGCUGGAGCCUCUGUGUCUUGCAGAACAAGACUUCAUCAGCAAGUUCUUUAAGCUGCAGCAGCACCAGACAGUUACACCUCCUCUUGCGCAGCCGGAGAUGGAGGAAUCCGAUGGAGGCACGCCAUCAAGAAUGCCUCCCCAGGCUGAACACAGACACUCCUUGUCAUCAGAGAAAGACAUGGUGCGGCUGAUGAUGAAUAAAAUCUUCCAGAGCAUUGAGACGGAGCUCAACAGCCUCAUCGCUCUGGGUGACAAGAUUGACAGCUUCCACUCUCUGUAUAUGCUGGUGAAGAUGAGUCACCAUGUGUGGACAGCUGAGAACGUUGACCCGGCCUCUUACCUCAGCACAACUUUGGGAAAUGUGCUGGUCACUGUCAAGAGAAACUUUGACAAAUGCAUUUCUGGUCAGAUCAGACAGAUGGAGGAAGUGAAGAUUUCCAAGAAGAGCAAAGUCGGCAUCCUGUCUUUUGUCACCGUGUUUGAGGAGUUUGCUGAACUUGCUGAAACGAUCUUCCGUAACGCAGAGCGCCGAGGCGACCUGGAUAAGGCUUACGUCAAACUUAUCAGGGCCGUCUUCAUGAACGUGGAGAAAGUAGCCAAUGAAAGUCAGAAGACGCCGCGGGAUGUUGUGAUGAUGGAAAAUUUCCACCACAUUUUUUCUACAUUGUCACGUCUGAAGAUUUCCUGCCUGGACGCAGAGAGACGAGAGGCAAAGCACAAAUACACGGACCAUCUGCAGUCUUACGUAAUCAACUCUCUGGGCCAGCCUCUAGAAAAACUCAAUCAUUUCUUCGAAGGAGUUGAAGCACGUGUGGCUCAGGGCGUCCGCGAGGAGGAGGUGAGCUACCAGCUGGCCUUCAACAAGCAAGAGCUGCGCAAAGUUAUCAAAGAGUAUCCAGGCAAAGAGGUGAAAAAGGGACUCGACAACCUCUACAAGAAGGUGGACAAACAUCUGUGUGAAGAGGAAAGUCUGCUACAGGUGGUGUGGCACUCCAUGCAAGACGAGUUCAUCCGUCAGUACAAGCACUUUGAAGACUUGAUAGGAAGAUGCUACCCUGGAUCAGGCAUCACCAUGGAGUUUACCAUCCAAGACAUGUUGGAGUACUUCUCCAGCAUUGCUCAGUCACAUUAGAUUAGCUGCUAUGCACUUUCUUUUCCUAUUGAUUCACUACUGCCUCACGCUGACUGAAGAUACACUAGCAACUACCCUGUAAUGCUUUAUGAAUUAUGAACAUUUCCUCUGUGUGUCUGUGUAAUGUAAUGAAAGGGAUUUGUACAGUUGUCAGAGGUGCAAAUAUGGCUGCGUUGUGCGUGUGCCUACUUUCUUUGUGAUUCAACAACUCUGCUCUAAAUUGUUUGUCAUAUUUUUGUUUUUUCUUUAUGCCAUAUGUACAUAAUAAAUUUGCAGCUGCAGCACCCCUCUAGUAAUA